GACGGGGCUCUCUGGGAAUUGUAGUUUUAUGGGGGAAGUUUUAGCCACCGGCGGCUAACCCAACUAUCAACUUCUCAACCCGCCGUCCACCGUCGCCUACAACUUCAAGAAUGCGCAAGGGGCUGCGUUUAGAUGGCGGAGAGCAAUGACUGAGGAGUUUGACGAAGAUGUGGUAUUCGAGAACUCCCCUCUUUUCCAGUACCUGCACGAUCUAGGGCACACAGACUUCGAGGCAUGUCCGACGGCAUCGCAGGAGGAGGAAUCCAGCGGAGACCUCGCCUCUCCAGAAGACCCACAGAAAACUUCAGGAGGAUUCUUAUGGAGGCUGGCUGAAGCCUUGUGGAGAUGGAGUCCGAUCCACCAGGCGGCGGCUUCUCGUAAGCUGGAGCAGCAGCUGGACUCCGCGUUCGGCCAGUACUCGGUCCGAUGCAUCCUGGACCAGGACGUGCUGCUGCAGGAGGACGUGGAGCUGAUCGAGCUGCUCGACCCGAGUCUGCUCACGCUCGGCUCGUCGUCGCCCUCCGGCUCUCCCGGCCGAGCGAGCCCCCUGCCCAGGCCCGGCGUCAUCGCCAGGCCCUCCCUGUGGGACGUUGCGGGGCUGGUGGGCCUGGCCGCGGUGCUGCUGGGGCUCUGCUCCGCGACGGAGGGCCCGUGGUCGCUGGCCGCCGCCGCCCCGUGGGGGCUGGCCCUGCUGGGCUGGCUGGGGCUGAGGGGCGCCACGCUGUGGAGGCGGGGCCGCAUGCAGAGGGCCGUCCACGCCAGGGCCACGCAGCUCCAGUCCCUGGUCCACAACAGCAAGACGCUGACGGGGCUGUCGCGCAAGGCGCUGCGUCUGGUGCAGGAGACGGAGGUCAUCUCCCGAGGGUUCACCCUGGUGAGUGCGGCCGGCUCCUUUAGCAGGGCGGCGUCCGGGGCGGUGCCACGGGGCCAGCAGCUGAUCGGACUGAGGAAGGCGCUGUACCGGGCGCUCCGCUCGGCCUUCAGGGCCUCGCGCAGGGCCACCUGCCACAUGUUGAAGACGUUCCCUCUGAACUCUGAAAUCGAUAACGUGACCAACUACGUGUCGGCGGUGCCUCUGAAGGAGUUGGGCCUUGGCCUGGGAGUCGAGCACCUCGGGGAUGAACAGGCCCAGGAGCUGACGGACGACUACAGCCUGCCGGCUCUGAAGAUGCUGUUCCAGCUGUGGGUGGGACAGAGCUCCGAGUGUUUCCGUCGGCUGGCGCUUCUCCUCUCGCCGCGCAGGAUAGAGGAGGAGGUCGGACCCAAAUUAGACACCUCCUCCCCUCUUUCUCCUCUCCCCUCUCCUCCUCCUCCCUCCCCUCCUCCUCCUCCCCUGCACCGGUCCAUCGCCGCGGUGACCGAGCCCCUCCACCACGCCCUGGCCAGCUGCCUGGGCGAGGUGCAGCGCAGCUUCGACUUCCACCGGCACUUCGAGACGCAGCCGAGGGCGACGGGCUGCGACCGGACCGGCCGGGCCAGGGAGAAGUGCCGGGAGCUCAACACCCUGCACACCUCCAUCCGGAGCCUGCAGCUGCACCUCAAGGCCCUGCUGAGCGAGAUGAUCAUCCUGGAGGACGACCUGGAGAAGCUGAUGGUGUCCAAGGAGCUGACGGAGUUGACCCUGGACGGCUACCAGGACCUCAGCGACCGGCUGCACCAGCUGCAGCCGCACAUGCAGGCGAGCGCCGGCUGCUGGGACGACACCAUCACCCAGGUGGAGCGCAUGCUGAGACGAGCCAACGCCUGCACAGGUAGUGAAGGAGGCCUGGAGCAGUGUCUUCCUCCUCCACCCGAACUUCCUGCUUCUCCUCCAUCCUACCCCUUGAUCCUGGACAGAGACCCGGUUCCAGAGGAGCUGGAGUGGGAGGCCUACGUGUCCGACUCCGACUCCGACGGAGAAGAAGCCGGGGGCUCGUGGGCCGACAUGCUGUCGCCGGAGGAGCGCGAGCGUCAGCGGCGCGAGAGGGAGGAGUCUCGCCGCGUCCUGUCCGAGCUCAAAGCCGUCCUCGGUUUCCGUACGUCAGAGGAGGAGAGGAUGAAGAGGAAGCAGCUGCUCUUCAACGACCAAGCUGCUGUGACGGUUCGCGCCGAGAGUUCAGACGCUCCAGCUCCUCCGGGCUCAGUGGAAACUGCCGAUGAAGGAGGAAACCACCUAUCUGAGCGCUCUGCAGGAAACGCAGGGGAGGAAGGGGAAGGAAGGGACGGCAGGGUGAGGCCUGACCCCUCCGCAGACCCGGUGACGGAGUUCAGCUGUGGUUUGGAGGAGGAGGAGGAGGAGGGGGAGCCGGGAGGAACUUCGGUGUGCAGCAGAGGAGAGUCGGAGCUGCACCAGUAUGAUGGCGUAGUGGUGGAGGAGGGGGAGGGGGGGGAGAACCAGAACGGCCUGGACUGUUUCCUGAAGCCUAAAGUCACCGCCGUGUCCGUGAUGGACAGACUGACGGAGAUCCACGGCUCCGAGGCUCUGAGCUUCAGCUCCGUCCUGGCGGCGCAGGUGGCCGCUCGCUCGCACUCGAUGGUCCACAUGAAGGAGCAGACGUUCGGUGACGACGAUGAUGAUGAUGAUGAGGAGGAGGAGGAGGAGGAGGACAGACAUUAAAAAAAAAACCCCGAAGCUUUAACGGAGCGCCGAGCAGAGACCGUAUUUAUGUCUGGUUGUCUUUUAUCAACACGUUUCUGACGUGGAGCUCCUUCAGAUCUCACCCAUCCGUCCCAUCGUUACCGAACAUGACGCACUACAACAGCUGUUUAAAACUCAGGUACCAGAACCACUACAACAACAAAAAAAAACCACACACAGUUUGUCCAGGUCAGGAGGGAAGGAACGUCUGCGGUGAAGAUGAUGCUUUUAAGGUGCGACGAGAUGGAAAACGAAUCGUUCUGCUGGACUGUUUAUGUUUAUUUCCUCUUAAAUCACUGUAAAAAAAACUGUAAUUUGAUGGAUAGAUGGAUAUUUUAUUUAUUUUUUUAGGCAAAGCAAAUGUUUCUUUUAGUCAACAUGGCGCGUUCAGAAGAUUAAUCAACGUUCAGGGCCUCGCAUCUCGACCUUGUCUGGGACAAAACAGGACUUUUUAACCCACUCGGACAUUAACAAUAACCACAGCUACGUGAUGAAGUGGACUUCGCUGGUUUUAAUCCAUCUAAACCCACAGACGUCUCCCUGGGUGCUCACUACAUACUUCAGAUCGCAUGGAUUGGAUGCAGAGAACAAAUUUUCCCCCCACGACGGGGUUAAAUUAAAGUAUUUAAUUAAUGAUUUAAUGCCGUGUCAGGUGUUCCUAAUAAAGUGCUCGUUAAGUUUACACAUAAAUCUACAGAGCUGGAUGAAACGGAGGAAUAUUUUGGGUGUUAAAUGACAGAAAAUUUAGACAAAUUAAUGAGGAAAUAAAAAGUCAGGAGGGUGAAUUUAUUGCAGUUUCUACAUUUUUAGGGGGCGAGUAAACACAAAUAGUCCAGAGGUGACACUUCCUGUCUGAACACUGUACAGCAGAAGGUUUAACUCAGCUGAUUUGCCCCCAGUGAGAAGGGGAAGCGGGGGGGUUGUGAAGGAACAGGAAGUGAAAUGCUAUUUUUACUAUCAGCUGGUUAUUUAUGUCCCCCUCCACCUCCGUUUGGUUGUUCUCUGUGCCGUGUGAUGGGACACAAUCAGGGGGGAGACGGACUUCGAAGCCGAACACACACACACAUUCAUGAGCCUGAAUCCGGAGUUUGAUACGAGAAAAACGAUUCAUGAUUCAUUCAUGACGACGUGUUUCUGUGUUUACGGGGGAAACGCUCAGUGGGAAGGUCUCUCUUUUAAUCGUCGAAUUUAAAAAUACCUGUACGGGUAGUUCUCUCUUUAAUGUAUGUUCUAUUUGAAGAGUCCGACAGCCCUGAUGUUUGCCCCCCUUCCUCCUCCUCCUCCUCCUCCUCCCUGGUCUUUAUUGUCACCAUGUCUGCCUUGUCCCUCCUGAUCUCCUCCUGCAUUUUUCCAGGCGUGAAAUAAAAUACCAUUCUGGAAGUUGUUCGGUUUUAAGUCUUUCCUCACGCUCGGGUUUCACCGUGGGCUUAAAAAGAAACGGGUUUGUUCGGUUAUUUGAUCCCUUUUGCUUUUGUCUGACCCACGAACAGCUGCUGUCGCCCUUUUUCCCUCCCCCCUCCUUCAAAAGUAGCCUCACACAAACACACACACAGACAAAAUUCAAUCAAAGUUUUCAAGUUU